AUGGCUCCACGUCUCGCAGCCGCCAAAACCACCGACGCCAUCGCCGAGAAGAUUCGUGCGGCGACGAACAUCGUCAUGAGGACCGCCAGCAUCGGAGAGAAGAAUCCCGCAGAGCGGGCCGACGUGCUUCUCACGAACUCUUCGAACACAGCAAGUCUGUCGGAGCGGCGGCCGCGCCGAAGGGCCCGCGAGUCGACGGGGGCGACCCAGGUGGCCGUGGCCGCGGUCCGCAAGUACAGCCUGAGCCAUGCCGUGGCCAGCACGGCGGACACCGACUCGUCGUUGGACAAGUACGUGAUAUCCCUGUACUGGGUUUUCACUACCAUGACGACUGUCGGGUACGGUGACGUCAUUCCCACCAACAACAUGGAGCGCGUGUUCGCGGUCUGCGUGAUUCUCUUCGGAGCGACGGUGUUCGGGUACAUCAUCAGCACCAUCGCCGAGAUGUCAAAUGAGCACAACCGGGACGCACUAGGCCUCAACAUGUCCCUUUUGCGCCAUUACGGCACGGAGCAGCAUUUUUCCGAGCGUAUGCACAAGUUAAUGCGAUUCCACUACGGCUUCUGGUAUCAGGAGAUGACCCCUCGACAGGAGGAGUCCAGGUUGCUGGCCAAGUUGCCCCCCGCGCUGCGCAAGGAGGUGAUCAAGUAUAUCCACAGGCACGUGAUCUCCAGCAUACCACUCUUCAGGAAGCAGCUCCCAGACUGGUUCGUGGCGGCGGCCGUGCGCCUGUUGGAGCCGCAGGCCUUCUGCGCCGGAGAGGUCAUCGUCAGCGAAUUUCAGGCUGGGCCGCGGCAGGACGUGUUCUUCGUCCACGGAGGCCAUUGCGAGUCGUACUGCACGUCCUCGGCCUCGCACAGAGCCUCGCACCGCCCGGGCACGGUGCGGCGAAGGGGCAGCGCGCUGAUGAAGGCCGAGGGCCCCUGCGUUUGCGGUGCCGGCUGCGAGGGCGAGUGCCCGGGGCGGCUGCUGGACGUCUACCCACCCGGCUCUGCCUUCGGCUACGAGUUUAUCCUCCAAGAGAGCUCCUUUUCGCCCUUCAUCGACCACAAGAAGAUGAUGGUUCGCUGCAGCCAAGCCGCGCCGUGCUUCCUGUACGCGCUGCGGCACUGUACUCUGACGGACAUCAACAGGAACUACCCCGAGUUCGGCCAGGUGGUCCAGGAGGCCGCGCCCGGCGCUGCUGCUGCGGGAGCCAGCCGGCGCGGCAAGCUGGGAGUCGGGGGGCCCGACUUAGUCGGGCACCUUUGGCAGCUGCGCGAUGCUACGCGCAGCUGA